UUUCAACAUUCAAACACACAAAUACAAACCAAAAAAAUAUGAAAAGAUCAUUAUCCUUAUCUCAAUCCAAAGAUCAAAUUUCGUUAUCUAAUGAUAAAAAUGAUCACAAAAUGAAAAAGAUCAAAACAUCAUCAUUACCCGAGGAAGAUGAUCAUGUCCUAGAAGAGGUUUUGUCAGACGAAAAUUUGCUUUUUGAGGUUUUAAAACAUGUUGAUGCAAAAACAUUAGGUACCGCUAGUUGUGUUAGCAAACAAUGGAAUGUAACUGCUCAAGACGAGCGUUUAUGGGAGAUGAUCUGUACACAACACUGGACAAACAUGGGAUGUGGUCAAAAACAACUUCGGUCAGUUGUCCUCGCACUUGGUGGGUUUCGAAGUUUACAUGCUCAUUAUUUAUGGCCUUUAUCUAAGCCGUCCAUUUCCACCUCCGUAUCCCCGUCGUCUUCUUCGAUAACCGUUGCCGCGGCUUCUAGAUCAUUGUGGCCGUGUCUACCACCUACACGUACAAUUGGUCUCUCGAAGCCGGUUGUUGCACCAAAAACUCGUUGGGGAAAGGAUGAGGUUCAACUCUCAUUGUCUCUUCUUUCGAUACGAUAUUAUGAGAAGAUGAGUUGCAACAACAACCGAAAGAAAUAAAAUUUGUUGUGACGUUUUUUAAAGUAAAAUGUGUAAAGGAAAUUCUGAUGCUGACACACGUCUUGAUAUAUUUAGCGUAACAAUCUCUUGUGAUACAAAAUAUACCGAGACGGUAUCAACAUUAUAUUUUCUACACAUUUUAAGUUAAAUGUCUAUUUUUAGCUAAUCUUAAUUGUCAUUUGUCACUUUAUUAGGGGUUUCUUUUUAGUUAUUAAUGCAUGUUUGUAAUUUCAAGUAUGAAAUGUUAUAUAUGUUUUCCCAGA